AGUUGGUUGAAAAGGCCGUUAGGUGCAUGGUUUCAUUGGUAUGCACUCAGUAGGCUCAGUUGUCAUGAUUGAAAACAUCCUUGCAGGAGCGAAGAAUUGCUCUACUGAAUUAUUUAAUGAUGAAAGUACCACGAAGUAUUCGCUUAAAUUUAGAUACCUCUUGAAGGAAUUUAGCCCCAAUUAUGCUCAAGUGACUUCUCUUGUUCUUACCCUGCAGAUCCAGAGGCGUCAAUUUGACCUGGAUUGGCGCUUCUUGUCCUGUUUGCUUUGGAAAUCUUAGCUUCAAGGCUGGAUUAAAGGAUGUAGAGAGUAGGUCUGUGAGAUUUUAGAGAUUCAAAAGAUAAAAUGACUUUGAUGUUUUUCAAGCACUUGCAUCAUUAAGAUUCAUCAGAUAUAUGCGUUUCAGAGAGGUAAAGUAUCUGUCCUCAGUUUUUUUUUGUUUCUGCAAUAGAUGGUUAAGUUUCAUAGGUUCCCCAAAAUGGAUGUACUUUCUAAGAAAGUUCAGUAAUAAGAAAGUAUUGCACAGUUUACAGUGCCAGAAAGAAAAGCUUUUUAUAUGUAUAUGUAUCAAGCAAAUUUUAUUCAUCACUUCCUUUUUUUUUUUGCAGGAUAGUACAACGAAAAUCAAGGGGUAAACUAUCAACAGAAGUAUUUGGAUCAUACAUAUCAACAAAUAUCACGUUCAGGUGUCUGAAGAAUUUCAAUUAAUAAA